AUGAAACAACCAGCGUUGGAGACAUCACUGGACCAGUCGGAGGAGCGCGGGUCUGAGUUGAGUCAGGCUCUGGCUCAAAGUGAGAGGCAGCUCGAUCAGCUGCAGAAUCUCUCACAGUCGCAGAAACUGCAGAUCCAGCAGCUCCAGGACGUUUGCACACAACUCAGUGGCGUGCGGGAGAUGAACGAGUUCUUACAGAUGGAAAAUGAGCUGGCAAGGGAUCAGGUGGUUGAAAGUGAGCGUCUGCUUGGGGCCAACCUGCAGGCGCUCAGGGAGAGGAACAUCCAGUGUGAGGACCUAAAGACAGAACAUAGUCAGCUUCAGCUUGAGAACAGAAGUCUGCAGGACCAGCUGGAAACCACAGCAUCCAAAGCCAGUGCAACCCAGCUGGAGCUCGGAGAGAAGCUGGCUCAGGCCGUCACUGAAAUCACUUUGCUGCAUCACACACUGCGAGGUGUGACCAAUGAGCUUCAUGCAGCUCUCAAUGACAAGAAAUCUGAAGCACAGAGGGACAAAGAGUUUCAACCACUCCAGCCCUCGGAGCGGCGUCACCCCUCCAGCUCGUUUGUCAACAGCAUCAUGGUCGCAUUAACCAAUGAGAAGGAGGAAGACGGUAAAUCGGAGACACUUCCUGAACCAGAAGUGCCUGAGCCACAGGGGGAAGCUUUGUUCAGUGAGAAGAGCGCCUUCAUCCGCAUUGCAGCCUUCACCCCUAAAAAGGGUUUGAGGGCAGUAGUAGAGUUUGAAGCAGAAGAGGACGAUCAGAGCAGCGUGGCCGAGCUGCUGGCCGACCUGGGCAGCACCGUCACCGAGCUCAUCAGCACCUUGAAACUGGUGCAGGGGCGAAAAGAUGCCGAGCUGGAGGAGCUGCACAACACCAUCUUUGGCCUGCAGGAGGAGCAGCAGGCUGCAAACAGCAAACACAUCACUGAAGUGUCUGAGCUCCAACAUCAACUCAGUCGACUGAACAUCCUGGUUGAGAGAGGAAAUCAGGCGUUACAGCAGAAAGCUCAGGAUGACAAAACUCUGACAACGUUAGCGGUAGAAAUACAAGAUGUCCAGGAAAUUCUAAACAAACACAAGACCGACAAUAACGAAUUGCGGAAGGAGGUGGUUGAGCUCCGUCGCUCACUCCAGCAGUCGAAGGUGGAGUCUCAAUUCCUGCGUGAGGAGUUGAGAAAAGCCGGUGGGGCGACAGGGAAACCAGCGCACUUCAUGGAAGAGAAGAUCCAGUUAUUGAAAGAGGUGGAGAGACUGAAGCUGAGUCUUCAGGAGGUGGAGCAGGCAAAAGUGAAACUACUGGAAAGAGCAAAGAGACAUCAAAUGAUCCAUCAGAACAACCAGCAGAAGAGUGACAACGAACUUCAGAUGCUCAGCAAAUUGAUCAGUAAAGUCAGAGAGACGCUGCUGUCUUUACCAGAGGUUUUGAAGAAUUGUGAACAGCUCCAGCAGCUUGUCGAAUACAUUGGCUGAUGUGU